AUGCUUGCUGUUGGUUUUGGCAAUGUGAUCAUAGCAAGCUUCUUCCUUCCUUAUUUGAAAUACAAUGUGGCAGGAGGAUCAAAAUGUUGGGCUAAAUUACCUAGUCCUUCUAGAAGAUAUGCAUCCAAUCUAAUGUUAUUUAAAAGAUUUCCAAGGAAAGGGUUCUCCUAUGUUGCAUCAGGCACAACUGGGAGAACUGAAGGCAUUGGCAUUGUUCAAACAUCUGAAGGAGAAACAGCAAUGCCGUCAUACAAGUGGCCAGAUAAGCAGAAACCACGGGUAUGCAUAUUAGGAGGAGGAUUUGGAGGUUUAUAUACAGCUUUAAGACUAGAAUCCCUGAUGUGGCCCAAUGAUACGAAACCUCAGGUGCUUCUUGUUGAUCAGUCUGAUCAUUUUGUUUUUAAGCCAAUGCUCUAUGAACUUCUAUCUGGAGAAGUAGAAGCAUGGGAAAUUGCACCCCGUUUCUCAGAUUUAUUGGCAAACACUAGCAUGCAGUUCUUCAAAGACAAAGUGAAACUCUUAUACCCUUCAGAUUACUUGGGGACAAAUGGGCCUACAUGGCCUGGUUGUGGUGGAACAGUGCAUCUUGAAAGUGGCACUAUAAUCGAAUAUGACUGGUUGGUUCUUGCUUUGGGAACUGAAGCUAAACUUGAUAUUUUUCCCGGUGCUGCAGAGUUUGCCUUGCCCUUCUCCACCUUGGAGGAUGCACGUAAGGUUGACAACCAGUUAAGAAAAUUAGAGAGAGCGAAGUUUGGCAAAGAUUCAUCUCCAAUUCGUGUGGCUAUUGUUGGUUGUGGAUACAGUGGAGUUGAGUUGGCUGCCACACUAUCAGAGCGGCUGCAAGAUAAUGGAAUAGUUCAAGCUAUUAAUGUCAACACAACAAUCUGCCCAACAGCCCCACCUGGAAAUAGGGAAGCUGCACUUAAAGUUCUAUCAUCCAGGAAUGUUCAGCUAUUCUUGGGCUAUUUUGUUCGUUGCAUAAGAAAAGCUGGCAAAUUUGAAGAUUCAGAGAAGCAGGCAGCAGUUGGAGGGGAUAAGGACAUUGAAGCAGAACAAGAUCAUAAUAAAGAUAGUGAUAAAUUUGUUCUAGAACUUCAACCAGCAGAAAAAGGUUUACAAAGUCAGGUUCUCAAGGCUGAUAUAGUUCUAUGGACAGUUGGAAAUAAACCUGUUGUUCCUCCACUAGAACCAUGUGAUCAGCCCCAUUUAUUCCCUAUUAGUGGCAGGGGCCAAGCAGAAACAGAUGAAACUCUCCAGGUCAAAGGGCACCCAUGUAUAUUUGCGGUUGGUGACUCUACUGCUUUAAGAGAUGCUUCUGGAAGGCUUCUUCCAGCCACUGCUCAG